AUGGCAUCACAUCAAGAACUAAGAAAGGCUAUUGAGAACACGACAAAACAGUUCUUGGGGGCCUACAAAGACGCCGGCGAACAAAACAAUCCUGCAAUCAUCAACCGUGAUGUCACCGACUCUUGUAAACGUUACUUCAAACCAGCCGGUGUUCUUCAGUUAUUCGGAUCGCCUCCGGAAGAUGGCUUGAACAACGCUGACUACGAAGCCGCAAUGGCGCUCGACCUUGAGAAAUACGUAGUCACCUACAGCGACAUCUCGGACUUGACUAUCGACACCGAGGCUCGCAAAUCAGGCGCCACGACUGUCACGGGCAUGCUUUACAAGAGUGGCGAAGAGGACGUCAUAGAGCAUUCAUGGGUCUUGGACUUCAAUGAGGAUGGUUCCAAGGUUACAAAGGUCAUAGAGUUUUGUGACAUGGAUGGGUUAAGAAGGAUGUUUGCCAAGGUAUGCAACGACAAGGAAGACAGUAUUUAG